GUGUUUAACGAUUGAUAGGGGGAGAUGUUCUUCUUCUUCGUUGGCGGGUUGGAGCAACAGGUGCGUCAGGUGCUGAAAUCGGGUGUGGGCAGAUGUAUAAACUGUAGCUCGCCGGCCGAUCUGGUGGAAUACGAGAAGGUGCUGAAGCUCUUCUUCGUUCCCGUAUGGCGGUGGCCCGGCAAGGAGCCUCUUUUGUAUUGUAACAACUGCAAGUUCUUCUUCCCUCAAUCCUACUCCUUGCCACCGCCGCCCCAGUCCACCACGUCACUGCCGGAAGUCUCCGAUGUAUUGCGUUGCCGAUUCUGCGACCGGAUUGUGGAGUCCGACUUCAGAUUCUGCCCUUUCUGCGCGCGGCUCCGAACUGUAAUUUACUUCUUAUUCCCUCUGUCUGAGUUUUGGCUGUUGUUGACUGCGUAUGAGAGUUUUGGAAUGGUCGUUCGGUUCCAACUAAAGAAUAAGAUUAGAAGCGAUUAG